CAACGUGAUUUUAUUUGCGAAUAUGAGUUAAAACUGAAAAAGUGAUGCAAUAUUAUAUUUACAAUUUGAUUUUCUGAUAUAAUAGUACAAUGUCUCGUAAAUCCUUAAUUGACUUCGUAGUUAAAUAUCACAAACCGCGUCUAUUAAACAACGUGGUAUGUUUUCCAAGUAAUGGCAAUUCAUUUUUCGGAAGACGAUUGUUAAUCCCAACAGCUACAUCUACGCCUCAAAUUCAACAUCCAAAACAUUUUAGUACCUCAUAUUCAAAAUUAAAUGAAGUCCAGCUUACGAACGAGCCCAAGAAGACCGAAGGAAAGUUUCAGUUGAUGUUUACAUGUAAAAAAUGCAAUACACGUAACUCAAAGUUCAUUACAAAACUAGCUUACUAUAAAGGUGUUGUAAUUGUUAUAUGUGACGGCUGCGAUAAUAAACAUCUCAUUGCCGAUAAUCUGAACUGGUUCACCGAUAUGAAUGGAAAGAAAAACAUUGAAGAUAUUAUGGCUGAGAAGGGGGAAACUGUACAGAAGAUUAUGUCAAGUGAUUUAGAAUUUAUAGCCAAUGAAAUUGUUAGUAAUGUUGAAAAGAAAGCAUUAGAUGGGUAGUUUCUUUAUUUAAAAUUUCAAUUUAAAGUAAAGGAAUGUAGAAAAGAGAUUCAGUAAUUAUUGUGGUUUUAAUCUAGAUCAUGGUAGCAAUUUUUGAAAGUAAUUAAAAAUUGCUGAUUUAUGAAUUUAAAUAUGUCUUACUUGAAGCUAUCAUUAAAAUUAAUUUAUAUACCAUUAAAAUGGUAAUCAUUUCAUUAAAAACUUACCAACUGUAGAGCUGUUCAAACAGCUCAAACAAAAAAAUAAGAAAUGUACCUACAUUGAAACUAGCUUAUCUACUUAACCUACUUAUAAAUAUUGGAGAAAUAUAAAAAAAAAUCUCACAAAAACAAACUUAAAGAAUUCACAGUAACAGAAAAUCAAAAAGUAAUUAACAGUUUUCUUUCUGAUAUUACAUGAUUUACUUAUAUUUUACUUGAAUAUUAUGUUAUAAAAAUAACUUAAGACAUAGUUUGUAUUAUGCUGUACAGUAAAUUAUAAUUUUUUUUUAAUCUAUUUUUAUUAAAAUGUUAAUAGUUGCAUCUGUUAGUUCUUAAGAAAUUCAUCAACUAAUAUGGAUUACAAGGUUAAAAUAGAUAUUUUUGUUGCAUUAUAAAAUUGUUAUUGCUUUAUUUAAAAAUUAGAAAACCUACAAGGUCCCAUCAAUUAGAACAUUUUUAUUAGUGAACUGAUUGCUCUAAGCCUAAGGUAAUAAAAAUAAAACAUUAAUUUAAUGAUUA